AUGGUAAUGGUAAUGAUAAUGGUAAAGGUAAAUGUAAUAGUAAUGGUAAUGAUUGAUAUUGGUAUCAAUCUUGGUAUUGAGGUUAAUAUUGGUAAUGGUAAUGGUAAUGAUAUUGGUAUUGGUGAUGGUUAUGGUAAUGAUAACGAUAAUUGUCAUGGUAAUGGUAAUGAUCAUGGUCAUAGUAAUGGUACAGGUAAUGGUAAUAGUAAUGGUAAUGGUAACGGUAAUGGUAUUGAUAAUGGUAUUGGUAUAGGUAUUGGUAAUUGUAUUGGUAUUGGUGACAGUAACUGCAAUAGUGGUCAUGAUAAUUGA